AUGAUCAUCGACGACGAGGACCCGGCUUCGCCCUCGAAAGACCAGCAGGCUCUUCCAGCGGUUCAACACGCCCAGGACGACGGGCCUCCCCCUGCAUACACCGCCCCCGAUCCGGGUCCGUCUCAGGUUAUCGCUCCGGUUCAUGACCCGCGAUAUGCGCCCUACGAUCCUCUGCUCGACCCGGAGAGACGAUUUGAGAAGGGGGAACCAGCUGGAAGGCGGUUCAUGAAGGCGUUUGCUGUCGCUGCUCUGAUAUGGGCUCUGCUUGUUGCCCUUACCCAAGGCACAUUGCUUUGGACGCGUGUCAAUGCGAGAACCGGCGUGGUGAGUCUCCAUAAUCAUAAAACAUCUUCACUCUACGGUGCUGUCCUUCCAGACGGCCGAAUAAUAGAGUGCCGCACGGGACAGUCUCGAUGGGCUGCACAUGAUGGAGGGCUUCGUUCCAUGUCCCUCGAGAUGCCUAUGCCAUCGGACGCCUUCUAUCUAUUUGCUCGCGGCAGCUACUCUUCAGGUCACCUAAAUGUAGUGCACGACACCGACUGGACGCUGCGCGACACUAUCAAAAUUGACAUCCAAGUUCAUACGACAUCCCCAGACACCUUGGCCGGAGCCACCAUUUGCCGGAUGCAGCGGAAGGAAGGGGAGCAGGGGCUCGCGCUGCUGACCCCGGAUGACACGUCAGCCUAUGCGCAAAUGACUUGGUCCAUAAAAGUCCAACUACCCCUCUCCUUGAACUCGGACCCCUUGUAUUUCCCUGCAUUUGAAACGACCCUUCCACGCUUCACCCAAACGUUCGACGAUAUGCAUGAUGACGUCGUAUUUGGUUUCCUCAGGCUCGCAUCGACAAACGGCAAGAUCCACGCACAUUCUGUACACGCAAACACUGCGGAGCUGCUCACCAGCAACGGCGAGGUUGCUGGUGACUUCAUGGCGAGCCAUCUCGAGAUUGUAGCAUCAAACCAGCCUAUCAAGGCGAACAUCACUAUCAUCGCAGAUGACACGAACAAUGGCACGCUCAAACUGAAGUCUUCCAACGGGGAGAUCCACUCAACCGUGACCCUGCUCGACGCGCAGCCCGCCUCCGGCGAGGGGACGUUUAGCGUCAUCGCACGCACGACCAACGCCGCGCUCGAACUCGCCGUAGUCGACCUCCCGCUCGACGCAGACGUCCACGUGAGCGCGAAGACGUCUCAGGGCAGCGCGACGCUGCGCCUGCCGCACACGUUCGAGGGCGACUUCCAGCUGCGCACGUCAAACUCGUUGCCGGACGUGCUCUUCGGGCCGGGCGUGCGCGACCCGAGCGGCAGGGGGCGCGUCAGGCGGAUGUCGAAGGAACGGGUGGGCAGGAACAGGAUGAUCGGGGCGGUGGGGUGGGUCGGUCCCGGGGUCUGGCCGAGAGAGCCCUCGGAUGAUCAGGAGGAAGUGCGGCCACGGCAGGGUCUGCGGGAAAGAGUGCGAGAGCGCCAUGACCAGUAUCUCCAGCUGGCUAGCGCGCUCGGAGAGAAAGAGGGGCAUCGGGACGCAGGUGUGCAGACGUCGGACGAUGAUUGGGACGUAGAGUGGCAAGGAGGAAGUGCUGCCCCGCGCGGGGGAAGACAUCUCAGCAGCUCCGCGCUUGUGGUGACUUCGAACGGGCCAGCGUUGUUGGAUCUAACAUGA